AUGGGUCUUAGCCAGUCCUCCUUCAUAACAGAGUGUUCCUGCGAGUUGGAACAUUUAUCCUAUAGCACCAGUGCCAUUCACAAGCACAAAUUUUGUCCUCUCUGCAAACGAGUUCUUUCUCAGGAGAGAAGAAAGAAAGUACAAGAUAUUUACAGAAAACAUCAUUCCCUCAAUGAUGCCAUGUUCAGACGUGGAAAGAGUGUAACAAGAUACUCCUCAUCAGCAAGGUCCUUGCCAAGUGUAGAUAUUACCUCACACAUGGGUGAAGAGUCUUUGAGUUUUUAUAGGCCAUCUACUUCAUCCUCAUCAUCAUCAUCUUCCUCCUCAUCUUCCUCUUCUUCUUCGAAUACAACAAUCACACUCGAAAAACAAUCUAAGAUUUACAGUUCCAUGAAAGAUAUGUCCUCCUCUGGAAACCUUGAACAAUUCUCACCUCUCACUAGAAAACUGAGGUCCAGCUCGAAUAAGAAUUUAAUAUUCCUCUCGAAUGGAGGUAAUUUACCAAACAAAUCGGUAUUAAGAUUUAAGAGAAACACUUUGCCUGUAUUAAAUUUAACACCACCUUCCAUUUCCUAUCCUCAAGCAGAACCAUCUCCCAAAAUUGCAAUCAAUUUGGGUGGAGCUUUUCAUAAUCAUGGCACCAAAUCACUUCCUAUUUAUGUAAUACCACCACAAGAACCAGCAGAAUCAACUGCAAAUGCUAGGAGUAAAAGUCUCCAUGACCAAAAGUCCAAACGACAGGAAGAAAAGAAAAUAAAACGAAAGGUUAAAUAUUACACCGUUGCACAAUAA